GAAGUAUUAAACAUCCUGUGUGGUGAGAUACAUAAUCUAACAAACCAAUGAAUGGUAGACAAGUCAACUCACAAGUUAUAGGUCGAUUGUUCAUAAGCCGGUAGUCAAGCUGCAGGCUCAACAACGACACACGUGAGCUAGCUGAUCAUGAGCCCAAAACGAGCUAGCUCGCGAGCUCAAACGAGACAAUUCACGAGUUGAGUUUAACAGACCACCAUGUCGAAUUAGCUCAAAAACCAUGUCGUGCGAAAGAUACAUAACACAACACAAACUCGGCUCGUUUUGUUUCGAACUUGGCUUUAUCCAAGCCAAAGGUAACUGUGGGAGACCAUAAUGUGAUGAUCUUCACCAAAACCCAGUACCAGCCCAAAUUGAUAUUACUGUUUACUAGAUCUUCCGAGAGACUCUGCUCAUUGGGCCAGAUUAGUGAACAUGGCGGGGAUGUCCAAAUGUCGAUCGCAAUCAGAGAGCCCAGCACAGGCCCAAGCAUCUUCUCCUUUCAUUGGUCUAUUAAUCUCUGGAACAAGUCUCUCACUUCCCAUCCUUUUUCUGCUUUGUCAUCACUCCCUCCAACUUCGAUGCUGCGAAUUAAGUCCAAAACUUGAAUCAAAUUAAAACUGAUAUAGCUUUCUUUCCAUAACGAUCGACGAUUUCGAAGAGCACCGUUUGUCGCGCGUACAUGGGAAGAUCAGCCAGCUACAGAGUCCGGAUAUGAAGAAAAAGAAGACAGCACCCGUAAAGAAACAUACGACAAGAAGAAGAUGUUUGUUCGAUUGGUUUCCUCAUCUAGCUUUAUAUAUAUAUAUAUAUAGUUACACAGGUAAUUAACUAUAUCCACACAUAACAUAAAGUUCUGAUCGAUGGGAUUUGUGGCGGCAGGUGCGUUAGCGUUACUGGGCGUGUUCGUAAUUAUGAACACAGUUGCAGUGAGCCCGGCGGAGGACGUGAUCCUGUGCAACACGGCAGAGUUCACGGAUACGACGACGUAUCUGGCCGUGAAGGACGCGUUAUGGGUGUUGCAGGAUACGGACGGCGAUUUCCUGCGGAACAUCGACGAGAAUGUUUACUCCCCGACGAGAGCAGAACCGAUUGCCUUUGGGAAGCGGGUAUGUGAGAAAAAGAACGAGCUUUCGGGCGUUGCGUAUUGCGAGAACUGCUUCCGUGAAGCUUACAGCUCCCUGGUGAAUUGUUGGACCAACAACAGUGUCGGCGGUCAGGUGACGCACAAGUUUUGUAGCAUGAGGUACGAGAUCUACAAUUUCUUGUCACCUUGAAAUUACAAGUAGCCAUUGAAGUCAUCGUUGUGGCUAUAAGAUGAUUUGAAAAUCCCCCUACUGUGAGCUAUAAGAUGAGUAAAAGUCGUUUGUAUGUAAUUUAGUUAACGUUCUUAACCGAUUGACAUAAAAGUUCCGUUACGUCCUUGAAUGAUCAUAGGUCCAGCUGCGAUUCACAGUUACAUAUAAAAUUGAUUCAUGCAAUGACGAUGUCGUAUGGACACGCAAUCCGACGACAUAAAGACAUCCUUAACUUGGCUACUCCGUUAGUUUUGGCACUUGUCCGUUUCUUCUAACCUGGGAUUGUAUAUAUAGCAAUGAAGGUUAGACAAUCAA